UCCUCCUUCUACCCUACAAAAAAAAAAGCAAAGGGAGCAUUAGAAAGGCGAAAACUUGGGCGAACAGUCAAAUGAAUGAAGAUUUUAGGGAAGGACCAUUAAAAAAGUUAUAGGGGCUGCUAAAAAUAGUACAAAAACAUAACCGCAAAAUUAAAUGAGGGAAUGUUAACGAAAGAAACCAUGCGUCUCGAAAAUUUCCACCAGUUUUCUUAAGAAAACACUCCCCUUUCCUUAUGGUUCCAAAAGGUUGUAGUGCUUCGUUUCGGGGCCCCAGAAUAAAAUAAAAUUGGUUUUAGCAAAUGGGUUAUGAUGUUAAUUAAUCACCCUAAAAAGGUUCACUGAAAGCUGACGUUUUGAGCUUGUAAAUACAGCUAACUCAAUAUAACUUAAUUCUUGUUCUUCUCACUCCCCCCCCCAUCGAUGCGGCAUCACAGUUUCUUUUGAACUAACCCCUUCCCCUUCUUGUUUUCUGCUAGGCUGACAAUCCAAAAUAAAAAAUGCUUUCUUCAGUCGAGUGUGUACUGCUAGUUAGAUGAUGAUUUGAGUUCAUCCCCUGAAUAAACUAGCGCUUGCAACGCCACGAUUACUCAGUUUAGAUCGGAGAAAAGUUUUUAAGAAAUGAGUUGUUUUUCUUGAUUUAGAUAACAAAGAUGACGCAAUUGAUGAAGGAUGAGUUUGUCAAGAGGCUGGACACAUUGUCAUGGAUGUCUGAUUACUCUAAGGCCAAAGCAAAAGAGAAGGUACAUGAGUCCAAGCUGUAAAAAGCCUGUGUAUCAGGCAUCGGGUCUUUUAGGGCGAAGGAAGAAUUUUCCAGGACGUGCGCGCACACGAGGGAGCUUAUAUUGGGAAUUUCAUCGGUAUUGUUAGAGAUGCCUAGUUCUCGAGCAAAUUUUUUUUUUAUCUUCCAAUGUGUCGACUCUUACUUUGAAUUAUUUGAGUAUAAUUAGUGACUCCCUAUUCUUGUUUGUAGGGCCUUGCCAUCCAGGAAAGUAUAGGAUAUCCCAGCUACAUUAAAGACCCUGAAAAACUAGCUGCAAAGAUCAAAGGGGUAAGGUUUUAAAAUGAUUUGUUUUGACUUAUACCUAAAUUGUUAAACUCUGUAAGUGGGUUUAAUCAAGGGUAAAUGUUAUAAUGAUUAAAACAGUGUGUUACUCAGCGUUGAUGUGCAGUCUAUCGUCCUCAUGUUCCCCGACAGAUAGUUCCUCGGGUAUGGUGUUUAUCUUUCCUUGCUCCGAUGGAUAGUUCCUUAGGGUUGGUGUCUCUCGUACUGUGCCCCGACGGAUUCUUCCUCAGUCAUGCUAUAUAUCGCACUGUUCCCCGACGGAUAGUUCCCGGUACGGUGUCUAUCGUUCUGUGCCCCGAAGGAUACUUCCUCAGAUUUAGUGUCCUUCGAUAGUAGAAUCCCGGCUUACAAUCCGACAACGACGACGUCCAUGAAAACGUCGCUGAAGAAUAGACCUCACAUUCUUUUGAACUUUUUCGCGAUUAUCCCAAUUCGCCUUUUGAUUGGAGCUGAAGAGAGGGGACCGCGCCCGAAUUCAUACAGAGGUGGUAGAAUAUAUCGCCUUGCCGUUCCUGUUCUCAAGUAAACUUAAAAUUUGGUCAUUUCACGUCGUAGUUAUGCAGUGACAGCAAAGAAAUGUACAAAAAAGCGUGAUGCACGUGCAGAGUUGUUGUUUUGCUCAUUAAGCCUAUUGCUUUUUUGAUCAAUCACGCUGUCUAUCGUACUGUGCCCCGAAGGAUACUUUCUUCAGAAACUAUGUCUAUCGUACUGUGCCUUGACGGAUACUUCUUCAGGCGCGGUGUCGUACUGUGUUGCGAUGGAUAAUUUCUCCGGCACGCUGUCUAUCGUUGUACUGUGCCCAGACGGACACUUCCUCAGGCACGGUAAACGUUUCUACCGUAUUGUGCUCCGACGGAAAGUUGUUCAAGCACGGUGUCUAUUCUACUGUCCACAACGGAUACUUCUUCUGUAGCGCUGUCUAUCGAUGUGUGCCCGAUGGUUAGUUGCUCAGACAUGGUUAAUUAACCCUAUUUUUAUAUCUGUUGUCACAGCUGACUGUAGGUGACAAGCUUUUUGAGAAUGUUGUCCGUGCGUUUACGUUUACUGCUGAUGAAGCGCAUGGAUCCCUGGAUAAACCUGUUGAUAAAGAAGAGUAAGUCGAGAAUCUGCUUCCAGAGAUUUAGACUAGAAUCGUGAUAACAAACUUCAAACUUACAGAAGUCUACGUGGCCUCAUGUAAUGUAAUCCAAGAUGGUCAAGGAUUCUGGAUUCCAUGCGCUGGAUUCUAGAUUCCAGGCACUAUAUUCCGGAUGCCUUGUCAGCGGACUUUGGAUUCCGAAUUCUUAUUGUUGGCGGGAUUCCGGAUUACUAGAUUUGAAUUCCGGAUUCCAGAAUUUGGAUUACCUUACAUGGGGUGAUCUAGAUCUCUUUGUGUUUCCGAUCUGGAUCAUUAUACGUUUCUGGGAAACUGCCCACCUACCCCUCCUCUAAACCAACAUUAACACUUACGUCUCACUUGGGGCAAAAUGUUGGCUUAGGGGAGGGGUAGGUAUCCCUAUCUGGUUCUGAUUAUACGUUUCCGAGGGCUUAACAGGGCUUCCCUCUGGGAACAGUUAAUUUUAUUCUUCUUGAAUCUCAAUGUUUUCCUUAGCUCCGCCAGCAGGGGCACCCAACGACGUAUUUCCUCCUAAAUACUUUGAAAGCACUUUUUAGGCUACCCAGAGUAGUAGCGGCGCUAUAAAAUUUGUAUCUGUUCGGUCAUCCUAGGGAACUUUGAGUCUUUUCGAAAUUACAAGGGCUUAAGAAUUAUUUUCCCGAAAAGUUUAGAUACAAUUUAUCCUUUUUCGAAAGUAAUAAUUUUUGUGACUCCUCUCUCAAUCACAUUUUUGAAUCCAAAAAUUUUAGGUUUCCUUUUUCUACGAAAAACAGCAUUACUUUGGGAGUGCAAUGUGAAAAAUUAAGCUUCAGAAAAUCGUAGGCAGUUGAUUACAUAAGUUUCGAAAAUUGUACAUGAAUGGAACGGUCAUCUAGAAAUUUGUAGCCGUCCUUAAGCAAUGGAAAAUUCGAGGCAAUAUUUGCUUCUCCGAACAGAUAUUGUACAGUCGCUGGGUGCCCCUGUGCCAGGCCGUUCGUUUAGAAGGUAUCUACUUAACUCUUAAAUACGGGCUGUUUUGCAGUCUAGUAACUCCAACCCCGUCUAAAUGACAAAAGUUUUACACCCUUAACUGUAGCCUGCGUGCAGACGAUAACUAAACUCUGAUUAGUACCGUCUGCGAAGCAGCGCAGAGAUCCUUGUUCUGGACCCCCAACGGACUCAACGAAUUACCGGAAGUGCGUUUCGAAUUCCCCUUCAACCUGAUCGGGGAUCACGACAAACAAAACAAAGGCCUUUUUUAACUGGCCAAUCGUGGCGCGUACUCAAAUCUGGGUACACAGCUGGAAGUCCAGAACAAGGAUUUCGGCGCUGUUUCGCAGACGGAGUUAACCAGAGUUUAAUUUCGUCUGCGCGCAGGCUACCUUAAUUGUGGCUAUCGUACGAUGAUUGCUGCUGAUAACUCUCAAUUUUCUUUUGUUUUUUCUUGUAGAUGGUUCUUGGGCCCAUCUGUAGUGAACGGUUAUUAUGCGUCAAGACAAAAUCGGAUUGGUAAAUUUACCAUUGCAAAUCACUAACCUGGUUUCAAUUUAGAGUGUUUCGCGAUAACGUUGGUUUUACACCAUUAAGCAUUUGGAUUGGCUUUUUUGAAAUCUCACGCCAUUUCCGAAGCAGCCACACUCUUCAGUCGGGAUCAUGUGGUCAUACCGAGUUCUGCUUGGUCCAUUUGAAAUACGCGAGAUUUCAAAAUAAAUUUAUCAGCUUAAAAGAGGUUUUUAUAAUAUAGCUUCAGUGUUCUGCCAUUCGGCAAGAUGAACCAUGCACUUUGAUUGCCUGCCCGAACGAGAUGAGGCCGUCUUCUCCUGUCGGGAUUUUUCGUGUUGUUGCCCCAAGAAAACAUUUUAGUCCCUGUUUUGAGGAAAGCCAGGAGGAUUAGUUUAUUCUUUAGGUUUUGAAAGUUUGGCUACUGAGUAUUGAAAUGGGCGUUACCCGCUCAUCGCCAUACAUGUACCUCAUGCUUCCUCUCUUGUUUAACGCCGUCACUAAUUCGAUACCAAUGCUUUUUUUCUUUGGAAAAUAAGCGAUACAAUUAAACAACCUCGGCUUGUACUAAAUAUUGAGAACUGCCAUCCUGUCUCCUGCGGAGGACGCAAAUCUAACUAAAUUGUCUUUGUUUCCAAGAGGAAUUUGUCUAAAGCGGAUUGAGGUAUUUUGAUUUUAACGUGUUUCGAUUCUUUUUUGCAGUUUUUUUGGCUGCUAUUUUGCAACCACCAUUUUACAAUCCAAGAGCCCCUUCGUAAGUAUAACGUAUUUGUCGUAAAAAAAAAAUCGAUCAGGUGUUAAAGUAGUUUUAAAAUAUUAUAGAGUUGUAAUUCGCUGACGGACGUCUCUCGCCACUUCGUCGACGAACUCAAACAACUGACGUGUUUUCGCCAACGCCAGCUGCAGGUGCUUAAUUUCUCGAUGUCUGGUUGGUUUAUCGGAGGGUUAAAACGAGGCUGCCUAUCUCACAUUAAGACACAGCCACUUACAAGUGGGGUCAAUGGUGAACACAUGCAUGUACAGUGGAAUAUCUGAAUUGAAUACUGAGCCUGUUUGUAGGGUGGAUAGUAAGAGCUGUAGGGAAUACGUAUGCAUCGCCUCAGUUACUCCGCUCUUUAGGACCAACUACGCUAUUGUGAAAAGCAAACAUUACUUAGGUCCUCUUUACUCUCCGAGCGGAGACCCUUCGAUCUUUCUAGGAAGGACUUGCACGUUGACCGUCCUCUUUCCGAUUAUUCAGGAAGAUCGAAGGGCCUCUGCUCGCACAGUAGGUCCUCAUUGGUCCUCAUUGAAAGUCGCUGUAACUUUUCCCUUUUAUUUUGAUCCCUAUCAAAUGGAACUGUAAUAAUAAAUCUUCCCUCGGCAGCGUCAAGAAUUUUAUUCUUGUGAUCGGUGUGUGCAAACGAAGAAACCCUCACCUGGUAACUUUGAACUUAAAAUAUGGUACUGCAUGCCCCCGCCUUCCCAAAAAGUUCAUCCCACAGACAAACUCAGUACAAUAGUAACCUCUUACUCGGCCUUUCUUGUUUUAGUCGGUAUAUAUAUAGGAUAUGCUCCCUUAGAACUGCCAAAAAGUUUAUUAAGAUAUCUACUAGAAUGCUGCUUUUCCCGUUUUCAGAUACUUAAACUAUGGAGGUAUUGGCAUGGUAAUUGGACAUGAAAUUACACAUGGCUUCGACAGUACUGGUAAGGACAAAUUUACUAAAAUUUCAAAAAACUGCCGACAUUUGGCGACGCCACCACUGGUUUCCCCUCGAAAGGACGUUUGAGAUGAGGCCGCAGAAAUUCCAUACUGAUGACGCAUCGCUACCCAGGGUAGUACUUGUGACUAGUUGAAAAUUUGCUUGAUCCAAACAGAAGCACUGCCGGUCCAGAUCUGGGUAGUGACGCGUCAUCAUUAUGGAAUUUGUAUACUCGUUUCUCAGACGUCAUUUCGCAGGAAGACCACUAGUGAUGUCGUGAAAUGUCGGCCGUUUUCUCAUCCAAGAGGGUUGAAACUAAAUAUGCAAAGACAAGCAGAACCAAUCUAAAGCACAACCAAACGUCUUUUCUUGUGCUUCGUUCUUUUGUAGGGAGGCUUUUUGAUAAGGAUGGUAACAUAAACAACUGGUUUUCGCAGCUGACGACGCUAGGAUACAUUCAACGACAAAACUGCCUUGCAAAGCAAUAUUCCGAAUUCGAAGUUUAUGGCAGAAAGGUAGGGUGACCAAAUUAUUUCAGAAAUUUUGCUACGUAGGAAUGCGUUAUCGCUUGCUGGUCGCUGCGUGAAAAGGUGGAGAAUAAACAAAAAUUACAGGUCUUUGAUUUCUGUAAGCCUCCUCUGGAACGAUCGACUAUCCUCAUUGUUGGAUAUAAAUAGUGGACUUUCUACACGGUAGUGUUAUUAAAAGUUCUUGUUUUCUCUUUAUUUAUUUAUUUUUUCCUAGAUAAAUGGAACUUUAACAAUCAACGAAAACAUCGCAGACAAUGGAGGGAUAAAACUGGCUUUCGAGGUUUGCCUGAGGUCCAUUGUCAGAUUUAGUCACAGAUUUUCCCUAAUUUUUUUUGAGAAUUUUUAACUUCUUAUCCAUUUCCUGUAGGCCUAUAAAACAUCGGUAAAGAACGAAGGUACUGAGGGUGCCCUUCCCGGUGUUGGAUUAACUGAGGAUCAAUUGUUCUUCAUCGGGUUUGCACGAGUAGGUAUUCAAUACCCGUGUUGCAGGGGGUGGAAGGUGGUUUGCCAGAGUGCGGGGGAUGCUCAUGUGGUCUCGUUUAGGGGUAGGAAUCGCAGAUUUUGGUGGCGCUUAUUUUCACAUACAAGGGUAAUUGCUUAAAGUUUAGUAUUCACCAAAUCAGUGGAUAGCAAUUUUCGUGCGUUGUGAUUGGCUCCCGUAACUCGGAAUAUCUUCGAGUAUUCACUAUUUUGGGACAGUAUUCAAAAUGGCUUCUGGUUUCGCGACAUUUUCGAAAGAUGAAAUUUUAGCGGUAAAUGAAGCAGCUGCACCAACAAAUACCAAGAAAGAGACAAAAUCUGGUUUGUCGGUGUUUACUAGUCGGUAGAAAAAAAAAUUCCUUAUUGAAUUUGCAACCAGAUCAUAGAAAAAUGAUCCCAGAAACACUGUCAAUUGAAACGUAAGCAAACUCUUACCUAAGUGACGUCUUUUGUUUACAAAAAGUUACUUUUUUAUUUUUAUCCAACUGAUUUAGUAAAUACUAAAACAACUGUCCCCCUCAGGGUAGAUUCAUAGCGGUACUAUGAAGUGAAGUAUUUUUAAACACUCGAAGAAAAAUUUCGUAUCUCCGCGCGGCCAUGUAAUAUCCUCUAUUUCAUUCAAAUACAUGCAGAUAUGCUUAUAAACAUGAUACACGAUACAUAUUUUAAAAGGUGGACCGCGAGGUUAUCCCUAUAAAAGGUCCCCUAACUGAACUUUAGUAAAAAUAUUAAAAAUUAUAUAAAACGCGCGUAAAAAUCAUUAGACUAAGUGCAGGUACAAAAUGGUAUAGUAAGAAUGAUAUUUAAAAUGAAACUGUGCAAUUAAAAUACGAGCUGCUUUGUCAAAAAAUCUUCGUCCAUCUUUUUAAGCCUUUUUUAAAUUUGUUAGCGUUAAUUUCGUCCGUGAAAGAGAUGGUUUGGCAAACUGUUCCAGUCUUUGACAAUUCUCACGAAGAAGGAGUACUUAAAGGAGUUAACUUUUAAUUAGCUAAUUUAGUUUGUAUUUUGUAUGGAUGGUUGGCCCUAGUGUUUUUACUUGUACAAAACUCGAAAUAGUCAUAACUGAUUUUGCUCCAUUUCCCUAUUUCCUAGUAUUUGGAGCAGUUUUCACAUGCGCAGUAAAUUUCAAGGAGUUAUAAUAACUCCCCUAGUGGGGCUAAUUUAACUCCUUACAGUGGAGUUAUUUUAACUCCAAAAAGGAGUUUAAAGAACUCUUUUUCAGGAGUAAAAGUGACCCCGGAUAUUUAGGAGUUAAAAUAACCCCAAAAAAGGAGUUAUCCUGUACCUAAAAUGUUUACUCCACUUUCAGAGAUAAAUUAACUCCAAAAAGAGUAAAAACAACUCAUGUAAGGAGUAAAAGUAACCCCAUUUCAGAGUUAUUUUAACUCCAGACUGGGAGUAAAAAGAAAUCUUUUUCAGGACUGAAAAUGACCCCAAAUUCGGAGUUAAAGUAGGAGGUAAUUAAAAAUAACCCCCCAAAAGGGGUUAUCCUGUACCUAAAAUUUUUACUUCAUUUUUGAAGUUAUAACUCCCUAAAAUUACGGUGUGGGUCUUUUAUUUAAGAGAGGCGUCUAAUACAAGCUUAAAAGGGUAUGAGGGGCGUUUAUAGCUCAAGAGGCUUUUAUUUGAGAGUGGGCGUCUAUAAGAUCAUUUACCGUAUUGAUUGCUUUAUGUUUUUAGCCUUGGUGUAGCUUGUACAAGAAGAAGGCAGCUUAUGUUCAACUGGAGACUGACAAUCACUCCUUUCCAAAAUAUAGGUAAACUUUGCAAUCAUGAUUAACAGUUCUAUUAAAUUCUGUCGAAGUCCUUGAAUUCUUAAUCCUAUCCUGGUUUACCUCACUCGCUUAUUGACGCGCGCCUAACGUAACGGCUGGCCGAAGAUUUGAUAACUUGCUUAUACAGAGGAUAUGUGCAAAAUGAUACUGUGUGUGCUUGCCAAGUGAGUAUGAGCGGAAAUGUUAUUGAAGGGUUUCUUGGUUUUUUGAUUGGUUACAAAACUCGUGCCAUGCUCUUAACCAAUCGAAGGUCCGACUAAAACUAGUCGUAACUGGCUUGCGCACCUUCCCCCGGACGUGGUUUCCGGUAUUGAUCGGUUCCCUAUUUAGUAAAAGUUUGCAAGAGUAGCUAAUCUUUUUUUUUGGUUUUACAUCACUCACUGUAAAACUGUUAUAUUAUGUGUAUAUUUCUUGAAUGUAAGUGGAAAAAUUACCAAUUUUUUAAUCAAAAAAGGAACGAUUUAGUUUCCUAUUCCAUAUCUUAUUUGUUCCUGCUAGCUGGUAGGCAGGUUUAGGAAAGACGACAUGGCGAAGGAGACAACGGCGCGCGCAGAUCUAAAUAUCGAGUUGGCCGAUAGCCGAACGGUAAAUUGACAGGGACGGUAGAGUGGAAAUGGGAAGAGAGGCUUUAGCUCCCGCCCCCUAAAUAAUAAUGAUGUAUAACCUGGACCAACACGCUUUCACUAUUAAAGAAAACAAAUUCUCGUUUAAUCUUUCAAAUCAGACCGCUGGGCUUCUAUCGGACAGCCAUGCACCUUCUCUUAGGAACUCAGAUCGCUUUCACCAUUUGCAUGUUGCAACGCUUGGCGAAAGAGUAAUGUCUUUCAUAUCAUUUCCUCUUCAGAAUAAUCGGCACGCUUCAUAACUACGAAAAAUUCUCCGAAGCAUUCAACUGUAAACCAGGAUCUCCCAUGAACCCGGUGAAGAAAUGUUCCUUGUGGUAAUUUCAGGCGAUCUUCAGAGCAACACAUGCGCACUUACCGGUGGGAGUUUUCUUUACUGUUUUCUCAGCCCUCACCCAAGUUUUCUGAGUUGAUAAGAAGAAGAAUUAGCUGCAAGGAUUCUGGUUUGCAUUGUAACUGAUUGACUGAUUUAAUUUUUUGCCAAGCCACUAAGUGUUAUGAAUAGCCCCUAUCAUUGCGGCGGAUUUCCCGUGUCUUAUAUUUCACUGAGUAAUUUAUAUCAGAGAGGAUAAUGGGUUCCUUACUUGUUUGUAUGUUUUACUUGUUAUAAUUAGUCAUGUUAUUUCAAGACAAGUCAAGACUCGUGAAAAAACUGGUGUUGUACAGUGUAUGUUAAGACUUUGAAGAGCAACCAAAAAAGCUAGCACCUAUUCUUUUCUGUUUUCAUAUAUACUAUACUAUUAAAUGCAUUAUACAUUGCGCUUAUCAAAUGCAUCUCCUUUGUUUGUUUGUGUUUUUUUUAAUGGCGUGCUGUCGAGUCUCUUAAUAGGUUAUAAAAAGUAUGCAUCGCAUUGCAGAAAAGAAACCAUUUCAGCAGAGAAUUUGAAUUAAAAGAAAUAUUUCGAAGUCCCCUUUGGUACUUUUUUUUGCUAGAUAGAGCAUAUAAGUAGAGGAGACUGGUUAUGAAAGACAGCAAAC